AUGAGGCUUUUUACGCUACUUGGCUGUCUACCGUUCCUGGGUCUGGCAACUGCCCAGCUGAUCGGCCCUGUGGGUCCUACAACGCCACUACACGAGAAGAGGCGGAUAUGCAAUGUGCUGGACUUUGGCGCUGUCCCGGACAACUCCACUGAUGUGGCUGAUGCCCUCGAGUCUGCCUUUAACUACUGCGUGCUUCGGCAUCCGGGCAGCCGUCUGGUGAUCCCGGAAGGGUCGUACCUUUUGAACCGGUCUGUUGUCCUCAGCAACGCAACAAACUGGGCUUUCCAAGUUGAUGGGCUCAUCAGUCUCGGAUACGGAGGAAAUUACACAGUUGCACGUGAGUUGGUCCUGCAGGGCUAUGUUGGAGCAGACGUGCUAAACAGCACCAUCAACGGCGAGGGUGACGGUCACUUCUUGAUAGACGCUCUGGUCAUUGUCAAUCCGGUCGACUUUGAGUUUUACUCCGAAACAGGAAGAGGCGCUUUCCAGGGACAAGGCUAUCUCUGGCGCAAUGCGAACAACACUGAUCGCCCACGCCUGAUCCGCUUGGUCUCGCCCAUCAAUGCCGUCGUGCACGACCUGAUCUUGGUGGACAGCCCCAAGUUCCACAUUGUGCUUGACUUUGUCGAGAAUGUCGAGGUCUACCACAUCACCGUGCGUGGCGCUAAUCUGGGCUCAUACGACGGUGUCGACAUCAUCGGCACCAACUACUGGGUCCACGACAUCGAGGUCACCAACCGGGACGAGUGUGUCUCGGUUAAGAGCCCGCCUAAUCAUGGCCUGGCAGAGGACUUGGUUUACAACCAGGCUGGCUCCGGCGUCUCCAUUGGCAGUCUGAAUCACGCACGGAACAUUAGCAUUAUCGGGGGAAACAACAUCGCCUUUAUCAAGACCUACCCAGGCGGUUCCGGCUACGUGACCAACAUAACCUUUGAGAAUUUCCGUUCCAAAGCGUCUCAGUACGGCCUCAACAUCAACCAGUACUGGCAGAACAAGAACGAACCCGAUACCGGCUCGGUGGCCCUGAGCAACCUCAUCUUCAGAAACUUUUCCGGUUCUGUGGUCAAUGGCGUCAGGAGACCCCCUCUUUACCUAGUGGCCAAUGAUCUGACCUUUGCUCGGAAUGUGACCGUUGAGGACAUCUCCAUCUGGACCGAGGCCAACGGCUACGUCGUGAACACGAUUUCAAAAGUCUUUGGCCAGGGCGACGACUCGUACAGCCCCAACGACGGUCUGAAGACACUUGGCGUUGGUGAGACACCGACGCCAUAUACCACCGCCAUUACCGUGACGGCGACCCCUACGGGCUGGACGUUGCCUCCUUCGCCAACCUGGGCAGUUCCUGACACGGGCUACGGCACCAACAUCCCAAUUCCUGUAUACGAGCCAACUCCACUAUGGAGGCCCUAUGGAGAUUACAGCUUGCAUUAUUGGGGCACUUUUUAG